CAUCAAGCGUGGGCCGAGGAGUGAGGAGUGAUGUUUUGGUGAUGAAAAAAUAAAAAAAAUUAACAAAAUUUCAUUUCACUGACAUUCAUUCAAUUUAUUCCUUUCAUUUCUGGUUCCGUACUAGAAGCGAGUACUUGUGUUGUAUCGAUUCCUCUGGUUGUCCGGACGUCGCGUUUAUUUAAAAUGAACUUAUUUUAAAAUCAAAUUUCUAAAAGAUCAGUCCUUAGGCUACUCCAAUAAAUUCAUCCAGGAUGGCCCUAUUAGUAAUUGGAUUCAAAUUUUUAUUCUCAAUAUUUUUUGUGCCUUUUAUGAUGCUGCUCCUGUCCAUUAUAUUCCUGGCGUCCAUAGGAAAGUCUUUGGGAGUCAGACGGCUGUACGUGAAAGUUCUACUAAUGAUAUUUGAGUAUGGCAGAAAAGAUAUAGAAUCGGCUCUAAUUGAAAAAAGAAACCAAAAAAUAGAACAGGACUCUGAGGAUGAAGGCUAUAGUGAAGAGUUAGCACCUUCAGAAAAAUCUUACACUCAUGAAACUCCAAAAAAUGAUAAAGGACAUAAGCCAAACGGAUUAACUAAUGGGUAUUUAGUCAAUGGAGGAAAUAAUCUGAUUAGUCGGGAGGAAAGACAUAUUUUAUUACCUGAGCCAGUAAAUGUUCCAGUCAAAGCUGAUGCAGCAAAUGGUGAGAACAGUGUUGAAGAUAGCAACUUAAGUCAGGUGCUUAAAGAAGGAACAGGUGAAGUAAAGGAAAAAAUCCUAUUAAACUUUGAACUAAGCACGAUACUUGACUACACAAAAGCAGGCUUCGAGGCUAUCAUAGAAGACCAAGUCACCUCUAGAUUCGAAGCUGAAGAAUUAAAGAAUUGGAACUUGCUCAUAAGAACUAAUAGGGGCUAUGAAUUCAUAUCGUGGAAACUAACAUUUAUUUGGAUGUGCGGAUUUUGUGUUCGCUAUACCUUUUUGUUGCCUUUGAGGGUUAUUAUUUGCUUUUGUGGGGUACUGUGGCUCACAAUCUGUACAGCUCUGGUUGGCUACAUACCCCAAAAGGAUUUCCGAAGAUUGGUCAACAAAUAUGUGUCGAUUAUGUGCUUUGGGAUCUUGUCGCGUGCCAUUUCUUCCGUUAUAACUUAUCACAACGAGCAAAAUAGACCAAAAGAGGGAGGAAUCUGCGUAGCUAAUCAUACAUCGCCUAUUGAUGCUCUCAUUUUGAUGUGUGAUAAUUGUUAUUCUUUGAUUGGUCAGAGACACGGAGGCUUUUUAGGUAUCUUACAAAGAGCACUGGCCAGAGCUUCACCACAUAUCUGGUUUGAAAGAUCUGAAGCUAGAGAUAAGAAAUUUGUAUCGCAAAGGUUAAUAGACCAUACAUCAGAUCAGAAUAAUCCUCCAAUUCUUAUAUUCCCGGAAGGUACCUGUAUUAAUAACACAUCGGUGAUGCAAUUUAAGAAGGGCAGCUUUGAAGUAGGAAGUGUAAUAUAUCCUGUAGCCAUCAAAUAUGAUCCAAGGUUUGGUGAUGCCUUCUGGAACUCUAACAAAUACACAAUGCUGCAAUAUUUGUACAUGAUGAUGACCAGUUGGGCGAUAGUGUGCGACGUAUGGUAUUUGCCUCCAAUGCAUCAAGAAGAAGGCGAAAGUUCCAUUGAUUUCGCCAAUAGAGUAAAAAGUGCUAUUGCAAAGCAAGGUGGACUAGUUGAUCUUGUUUGGGAUGGUCAGCUUAAGCGAUCAAAGCCCAAAAAAGAAUGGAAAGAGCGACAACAAGAAGAAUUCAGUAAAAGGUUGAAAGUAGAAUAGGUAGCAUUCAGGUAAAAACAAAUUAGGUUAACAAUCUAUAGUCACCUCAGUGUAGCAAAAAUAUUAUCAUUAUUUUAUAAAUAUUCAGAGUUACCAGAGAACUUUGACAAAGUUGAAGGAUUCCUUUUUUCUUCAGGGCCUGUUUAUUUAUUGUUUGAAUAAAGACAAUAGUUAAAUUACACUCUAAAAUGUUUCCAGCUAUAAUUUUUGCAAUCUUCAUGGGUUGUAUUUUGGAAGAUUUGUAGAACAUAACCAGCUAAAUUAUACAUUGCUUGCUAAAUACUUUGAGUUGCAAUUCUAAGAAUCCAGAAUACAACAUCUAAACUCGAAUUAUCAUGUUUGAUAACUUAUCUAAAGAUAUCAAGAAGACUGGCCUUAAGUGGAUUUUGUUUUAAAGUAGUAUGCAUGAAGAAGGCAGAGGAACAGCUCUAGUCACCAAAUGUAGAUUUUUAGGUUAAUUUUGUGAUAAAGCCAACAAUUUUAAUUUGUUUGAAGUAAUUAGGUAGGUAUUUUUUUUUGUAUUUCUAGUUAGCUCAAAAGUACAAAGGACAGAACUUGUCUUGAAAACCUGUUGUGAAAGCAGCCUGUAAACUAAAUUUUCAAAGGUAGAUCAUUUUUGAAAAUUGCGUGGAUGUGAUCAAGUUCAUACUUUUUCUUUUUGACAGUUACGUUCUUACUAUAAAAGUGCACACUGAACGGGAAAUUAAAAAAAUGUUUUAAGAAAUAAAAAUUAUGAAAAUUUUAAAUUCGGAUUUAAGUAUGUUUGGAUGAAAGAGGCUACACUGUAAUCAAAUGAGAUAUGCUACCCUCUAAAGAUCAUUAACGUUCAGGCACUCAAUAUUGUGACCAAUAUAUAUGUCAUAUCAGAGUCGUGAAUAUGGGGUCUGUUUAACAUUUUCAUAUUUUCUUUGUGCUUCCUCUUAUUAUCAAAAUGUCCUUUGUAUAUUUCAUUCUAGUAUUAAAUGAGUGAAAAUUUUAGAGUUUAGGAUUGAACAUAAAGUCUGUUGAAAUUGCUCGAAAACUUUAGAGAUUCUCAUGUAGUACUGUCAUCAGAAAGGAUACAAAAAUAUCGAAAUAAUUGAUGUUUUAAGUUAUUAGUUUUCUUAAGCCUAAGUUGUAAAUAUUCUUUUUAUAUUAGUGUGUAUGUACUUCUAUUAAUUAAGCUAUUUUUUUUUCAAUCUGUUCUAAACGGGUUACUAUAAUAUGUAUAUCCCAAAAAGCAAGAGAUUAGAUAAAUUCUGGAAAAAAACAAAUCGAAAUCAAAAUAUUGAUUUUAAUUCCAAUUUUUUAUUUUAUAAAUAAUAAUUAUUGUCUAGUUUCCCUGCCUAUUAUUUAUUAUUUAUAAAAUACAUAGUGAGUUCUUUGCAAGCAUAAUCGGUACUUAUCUGCUCAGCUAGAUUUACACAAAAACAUUUUUCAAAUAAAAAAUCAUUGUAUGUUUUUGAUGCUUGAAUAACGUAUUUAUGUAAGGACUGAUCACAGCCAGAAAGCAUUUAUUUUUGAAUACUUUGCUUAUACACAAGGCAAUGCUUUGUGCAGAAUACGAGGCCUUUUUCUCAUAAUUGAAAACCAAAUUAGCUUUAGUGUUCCAAACAUGUAGUAGUGUAUAUGAAAUUUUGUAUCGAAAUUUUAUUAUUUUAUUGAAAAAAAUUAAUAUAUUUGAGUCUAAAUAAGAA